AUGGAUGCACUGGCUUUGGAGGCAAAAGGUGCCAAGACAGAGAGUGCACCAGCUCCCGCCGCUUCAAAACCGAGACCAAAACCUCCCAAAAAGCCAAAGAGAAUAGUUUACUUUGAGGUGGAGAUUGUGGAUGCAAAGACAAAGGAUAAACUGUUACUUCUAGACAAGGUAGAGCCAACUGCGACGAUUUUGGACAUAAAGUCAAUGUUUCACAAAUCAAACCAGCGUUGGUAUCCUGCCAGACAAUCUUUAAGCCUGGACCCAAAGGCAAAGUCGUUAAAGGAUGAAGACGUCCUUCAACAGCUUCCUGUUGGUACCACGGCAACUUUCUACUUCAAGGACCUGGGGGCCCAGAUUGCCUGGGGCACUGUGUUCCUGUUGGAGUGUGCUGGACCGCUCUUCAUAUAUCUGAUGUUCUAUUUUAGACUACCUUUCAUCUAUGCCCCAAAAUAUGACUUCACCACAAGCAAACAUUGGGUUGUGCAUAUAGCAUGCAUUUGUCACUCCUUCCAUUAUGCGAAGAGGAUCUUGGAGACGCUGUUUGUCCAUCGCUUCUCUAAUACCACCAUGCCACUAAGGAACAUUUUUAAGAACUGUUCGUAUUACUGGUGCUCCGCAGCUUGGAUGGCCUACUACAUUAACCAUCCGCUCUACACGCCGCCUUACUAUGGGGAGCAGCAGGUGAAGACAGCUCUUGCUAUAUUCCUGUUCUGUCAGCUUGGGAAUUUCUCCAUCCACCUUGCCCUUCGGGAUCUCAAGCCUGCCGGUUGUAAGAUGAAGAAGAUCCCAUAUCCGACCAAGAACCCGUUCACUUGGAUUUUUGCGGUUGUCUCAUGUCCCAAUUACACUUAUGAGCUGGGUUCCUGGCUGGGUUUCACUGUGAUGACCCAGUGCGUGCCUGUGGCAUUCUUCACCAUCGUUGCUUUCAUCCAGAUGACCAUAUGGGCCAAAGGCAAGCACCGCAGCUACCUGAAAGAAUUCAGAGACUACCCUUCUCUACGCUCUCCCAUCCUGCCGUUCAUCCUGUAA